AUGACACUUCACGUCCUGUCCCUACUGGGGGUCGUGCUUGGUGCAGGAGUUGUUUACUCUCUUACCCUCGCCAUCUACAGAAUAUUCUUCCACCCUCUCUCCAAAUACCCUGGCCCGCUGAUUGCCAAACUCACGGAUGGAUAUCAGCUCUACCACGCAUACCGGGGAGACCGGCAUCUUGAAUUUUGGCGCCUACAUGAAAAAUAUGGCCCCAUUGUGCGCUUUGGCCCCAAUUCCAUAACCUUCAAGUCCAAUACCGCCCUAAAGGACAUCUAUGGUUUCAAAUCAAACGUCCGCAAGGCUGAGUUCUACAAUGCCUUUGCCCAUCCAGUUGCCAACACACACAACACACGGGACAAGGCGGUGCACUCCCGUAAACGCCGGGUUAUGAGCCAGGCAUUUAGUGAUAGUGCUAUGAAGGGCAUGGAGAGGUUUAUCCUCGCCAACAUCAGAGCCUUUUGUGAGCAGGUCGGCUCCCUCAGCGAUGCGAGUGCCGAUAGCAAAGGAUGGACCGUCCCCAGGAACAUGAGCCACUGGUGCAACUACCUGGCUAUGGAUAUCCUUGGUGACUUGUGCUACGGAAAGGCGUUCCACAUGGUUGAGAGCCCUGUUAACCGGUUUGCGCUGGACUUGGUUGAAGCUGCUACUACCCGUCACUUGAUUUGUGGAACGAUGCCAAUCAUCAAUACUCUUAAGAUUGACAAGUUCCUCUUCCCCCACAUUGCCGCUGGGCGUGCCAAGUACAUGGCCUAUAGCAAGAGCCAACUCACGGAACGAACCAAGAUGGGAGAGGAUUCGGAUCGAAGGGACUUCUUCUAUUACCUCCUCAAGGCUCGUGACCCUGAAACUGGCCAAGGCUUCAGCACACCUGAGCUCUGGGCCGAGUCGAAUCUUCUUAUUAUCGCAGGAUCAGACACAACCUCUACUGCUAUGGCCGCUACCCUGUUCUAUCUUGUCCGCAACGAGCAUGCACUGCGCAAGGUCGUCGAGGAGGUCCGCAGCAAGUUCAAUGAUGUCGAGGAAAUUGUCCAGGGCCAGGCCCUUACCUCUUGCACCUACCUCCGAGCCUGCAUCGACGAGGCCAUGCGCCUCUCCCCCUCCGUUGGUGGCAUCGUCCCUCGCGAAGUCCUCCCUGGCGGCAUCACCAUUGACGGCCAUGUCAUCCCAGAGGGUGUCGUCGUCGGUGUCCCCCACUACACAAUUCACCACAAUGCUGACUACUACCCCUCGCCUUUCCGCUUCAACCCGGAGCGCUGGAUCGUCGGUGCCAACAGUGUCGUGGACGGAGUCAAGACGACAGAGGCUGAUGUACACCGUGCCCAGAGCGCGUUCUGCCCCUUCAGCGUCGGUCCCCGUGGCUGCAUUGGCAAGGGCCUUGCGUACCAUGAAAUGACGACUACUCUGGCGAGAACUAUCUACACAUUUGACAUUAGAAAGGCCGUUGGGGUGAAGGAUCCUGGCGAGGGAAGCCCCCGACUAGAGUACGGAAGGCAUCGCGAGUCUGAAUAUCAGCUUGUCGAUAUCUUUACAAGUGGUAAGAAUGGGCCCAUGGUGGAGUUUAGGAAAGCUGAAAAGGCGUAA